AUUCUUUUUAAAAUGGAGAUCACAAAGAAAAUUACGUCAUUGAUUUUGAAACGAAAGGAGUAAUAAGUAGAAAUGAAGGGACUAAAUUUGGUUUGUUUUUAAACUUUGAAGGACCUCUUAAAACCCCCCCAAACCCCCCUUGACUGAAUCACCAUUCCACUUUUCCGGCAGAACUCAACUCUUUUUAUGGUUUAUGUAACUGGUAAUUUGGUAUAAUGCCCCGAAAACCAGCAAGACAUUGCAGACCAGCGCGAGGUCUACCUCUAAGUUUCUCCCCAUUUGCUCGUUCAAUGGCACGGAUUGCAUCAAAUAACAAGGUUACACACAAGGUUCAAAACUCCAGAUUUCCAGGAAAUAAUCUACCUAGCUCUUCAGAUGGAAGGAUGGAAAAUCACGGACAAAUAGACAAGAGUGAAGAUUCCAGUUCUUCCGAUGAUGAAGAAUUUGAUGGCACUGUUCAAGCAAAUUUUGAGUUCUUCGAUCCAAAACCAAGUGAUUUCCAUGGAGUGAAAAUCCUACUGCAGACCUACCUUGAUGAUAAGCAAUGGGAUUUGAGUGGUCUUGUGGAUGUAAUACUAGGUCAACCCACAGUGGGAACUGUUGUUAAAAUAGAGAAUGAUGAAGAUGAUGGUAUUUACUCCAUUGUCACUGCUCUUAACUUGGGGAGAUAUAAGGAUCCAGAGUGCAUGGUGGAUCUUAAAGAGUUCCUGCUUAAAGCAUGCCACCAGAAGGAUGUGGUCUCUAAAUUGAGCUUAUUUCUUGGAGACCAAGCCAACGAUGUUGGUCUCUUGGUUUCUCAACGAGUUGUGAAUCUUCCUCCUCAGCUUUUGCCACACCUUUAUGAUGCACUUUUUGAUGAAGUCUCUUGGGCUACAGAAGAUGAGCCUACAGAGGAGCUCCGGAAGUCUUUCUGCUUCAAGUUUUACCUAAUAAUCAGUAAAAUUUACAAGCAUAAGAAUGCGGACGAGCAAAAAGGGCCGAGUGGUGAUCAAACUAUUGUUUACAUUAAAGCAGAGGACGAAAUCUUUCACGAGUUAAGCUCUUGGUCCUUCAGUUUUCCUUUGCUUACACAGCUGGUUAGGACUGACGAGCUGAAAGAUUACCGGCUAACUGGCUUGGUAAUGGCAAUAGACGCGAGCAAAAUCCCUAUCUUUCGACAGAAGUUGCAUUCUUUAAUAGACGAGUGAUGCUUUGACGAAAUUCUACCUUAAUCAGUUCAAUUAGACCUAGGCGCCUCUGGAAGAUGUACAGGUUACUGCGCGAUGCCUCAAGCUGGACAUGAAGCAGUAAUCUGUUUUUUUGGCAGAUAGAUUGGUAGUAUUCAGCAAUGAUCUACCUCAUGGAGUUUUUGAAUUAAAUUGCUUCACAUAUUUCAAUCUUAAAUAAUUUUCUUGUGUACA